AAACCACCAUUGAUUAUCACAAAUCUUCAUUUCUUGGAUAAUCUAUUUAAUAUGACUAUGACUUUCCGCCAAGACUCCGAUGUCUAUAGACCCUAUGGUCGAAUUGAAGCUUUAAAGAAACCUCAGAGCUUCUCAAUCCCUGCCAAGACUAAACUGGUUGCUUGGGUGAUUAGUCAGUGGUACCCAGGUGCCAGACGUAAUAUAUAUUAUGAGAAACUUAAAGAAUAUCUUCCAAUUGAUGUCUAUGGGAAGAAGCACAUGAAACUGUCUUGGGAUGACUUCUAUCAAACUAUCUCCAAAUACAAAUUUUACUUGGCGUUUGAGAAUUCAAUCUAUAAGGAUUAUAUCACUGAAAAGCUGUGGUCAAAUGCUUUCGAUUCAUGGGCUGUACCUGUUGUAUUGGGGACAUCUCGGAAAAAUUAUGAGCGUUUCCUUCCUGGAGAUGCCUUCAUUCAUGUAGAUGAUUUCUCAAGCCCAAAGGAACUAGCUUCCUAUCUUCUUGAGCUAGACCAGGAUGAAGAGAGAUACAAAAAGUAUUUUUACUGGAGAUCUCACUACCGCGUGAGAAGAGAAACAGGAUGGGACAACCACUACUGCAAAGCCUGCCGAGCGCUUCAGCAGGCUCCAGAUUACCAAGUUAUCCAGAGUAUAGAAAAGUGGUUUUUGGAGAACAGAUAA